CAAAUCCAGGAGACGCUCUUCUAAAGCACAGCAUUGGAGUUUGUAUAGUUUGCAUUCAUCUACUCUCUUUUUAAAAAAAAAAAAACUCUAUUAAGGAUUUUCUUCUACACAUUCUCGCUUUUGUUUUUGCUGAAUCUAAUCAAGGAGUUCUUCAAAAGAAGUGGUUGGAAAUGGCUGUUUUGAUGAGAACAAAUCUCUUUUGAUCAUGACUGACACCAGAAAUGUUGCAGAUUUCUUCUUCUUUCACUUUUCUCUACUUUGAAGGAUAUUCCUUCAUUUCAGUCACAACAAUGGUCUCCCAGAGCUUGACUCUUUAAGCGGAUUGCUUUGUUUUGGGGGGAUUUCAAGGCUGCAGAAAUCCAGCACCUGGACUAAACUGAUGUCCACCAUUGGCUGUCGUUCCUAUUGUGGUGUUUUUGUGGAUGACUCACUCAGGGGUAAUUUUCCAGUUUGCUAACGCUCGCCAUGCUGGAGCACCCUCCAUGUGUCCGGAUUGACCCUGCCCCUUUCAGGCCUCAGCCAAUCAGAUGCAACAUGGAUAAGCCAGAUAUGCGUUUUGAGUUAGAGCGCCAAGCCUGUCAGAGUCUCAGACAAGUUCUUCAGCUGAAGUUGCAACAGAGAAGGAGCAGAGAGGAGCUCGUCAGCCAGGGGAUCAUGCCACCACUGAAAACUUCAGCUGCCUUCCACGAACAGAGAAAGAGCUUGGAACGGGCUCGGACGGAAGACUAUCUCAAGAGAAAGAUCAGGAGUCGACCAGAGAAAUCUGAACUGAUCAGGAUGCACAUCUUGGAGGAGCCGUUCCUUCCGGUCAAGCAGCUGAAGAAAGCAUGCCUCGCUGUUGAUUUGAAUGAUAAGAUUGCCCAGAGGCCAGGGCCCAUGGAGUUGAUCCAUAAAAACAUUCUACCCGUUCACUCCAGUAUUAAACAAGCCUUCAUAGAGACGCAGUUUCAAAGAGCCUCAGGAGAGAACUCUUCAUUUGAUGAGGACACUAAUGACAGUCUGUCUCCAGAGCAGUCCACAUCUGUCAGUGAGGAGGGUUGUUCGUUGGGCCUGGGACCUCUGCCCACUCCAAAGGAAACACUGACAGGCCAUGGCAUCCCGUCUCCUACACAGGUCCCACCUACAGCUCCUUCUGGGUCACCCAUUUCACUCAAGCUGACCAAUGAGACAGGGGCGUCAUCUCUCCUGAGGACAGGUGCCAACAAGCCACAACCCAAACCAAACUGUGACCGCUCUGGCCUGAGACACAAGAAAACCAAGGACAAACCAAAGAUAAAAAAGCUAAAGUACCAUCAGUACAUCCCUCCUGAUCAGAAGGGAGAUAAAGAGCCUCCUCCUCAUCUGGAUUCAUCCUAUGCCAAGAUCCUCCAGCAGCAGCAGCUCUUCUUGCAGCUCCAGAUCCUCAGUCAGCAGCAGCAGCGCUACCACACCAUCCUCCCUGCACCAACUAAAUCCCAGACAGCUCAGCAGCCAUCUUCCUCCUCUAAGUCUAUGCACACCUCCUCCUCCCCACCUCGACCUGCUGGUGCACCUUUAAACUUCUCUAAACAUUUCGUCCACACCUGUCUAAGUUCUGUCCCGCUAGGUGGAACCAAACCAGUGUCUCUGCCUCCAAACCUCGAUGAAAUGAAGGUUGCGGAACUGAAGUCCGAAUUAAAGCUGCGUAACUUGCCCGUCUCCGGCACCAAAAACGACCUCAUUGAGAGGCUGAGGACAUAUCAGGAAUUAAGCCGAGGCAGUGACACUACCUCCUCUCCAACAGCAGGGUGUACCACAGGGCCAGGGGCUGAAGGAGCAGGAAAAUCAUCCAAGAGCGCUGCAUUCAUCAUCACCAUGGGCAGCGGUGGGAGCCUAAAUGCAGCAAAACCUCAACAGUUCAUGACCUCCAAUGGGAGCCUUGCCUCUUCAGCUGUCUCCUUCAUUCCCUCCAUGAGUCCAGAAGACACCAGUUUUAACAGUGACCUCUUAGGGGAGCUGAUGAGUUCACCUCUCAACCAAUUGAGCCUCCAGCCAUCUUCAGUUGCUCAGCUCUCCACAAACGUUAAAGAGGAGCCUCGAUGCUCGACUCCCGCUCCUUGUCAAUACUCUUUAAAGUCUGCCUCUCUUCAAAGACGCUCCUCAGUAUCUUCAGGUGUCCCAGCCACUACGAGCACAGUUCCUGUACUGAGUGUUGAUAAAGACAGAUUGCUGCAGGAGAAAGAUAAGCAGAUAGAGGUGCUGACCAGGAUGUUGUGGCAGAAACAGAGAUUGGUGGAGGUGCUAAAAAUGCAGCUGGAAAAUGGAGACAGAGGAAAGGCUCCAGAGCCAAUCAGUCCUCUCGGGGUAAAAGAAGAACCUCUCGAUGAGCCCGAUGUUGCCUUCUCAAUGGACUUUGAUCAAUUUCCCUCGCAAAAAUCACCUAUUUCACAAGAGAUGGAUAUUACCAAGGUAAUUGUGAAACAGGAAGUAAUUGAGGAAGAAGAAGUUAAACCUGAGAAAAAUUUCCAGUCCCCAAUCACUCAUGGAUUGCCACAGUCCUCAACCCAAACACAGGAGGAGCAGCUGGCUCAACAACACACCAUACAGAAAGUCCUGCUACAGCAGCAGCAGCACAUCAUCCAGAAUCAGACGCUGGAGAAUCAGCACGACCUGCAGAAACUUUGUCAGCAGAGAAAGAAAAAAUCUCAAAACCAGCAAAAGCAGCUCCUGCUGCAGUCACAACAGCAGCAUCAACAGUCAAAACACGUGCAACAGAUGCAGCUGAAGCAACAGCUUCUGCUGAAGCAACAAAAGUCACACAUGUUGCCACAGCAAAUGAAGACUAAACAACAGACUAAACAACUACAGCAAAUCCAGAUUCAGACCAAAAUACAGCUGAAGCAGCAACAGGUGCCCAAACAGCAGGUGAAGCAGCAGCAGCAGCAGCCAUCUGAGGUGCCUCAAGCAUACCUGAAACAGCAGUCAGGCUCAAGUGCCUCUUUCUCACUGGACCACCUUAAGAUUGACUCCACCCCAACCCUGGUCACUGACACCAACGGUAACCAUUUUCUGAUCGCGCUGACCAAUCACCUUACUGGAAACAAAAUAAAGGACCCUGCUGAGGGAAAGGCAACCAAUCACAUUACACUGCAGCGACUCCAGUCUACUCCAGCCAAACGUCCAGGCCACAACCCUGUUAAGCUGACCAGAGCUGAUAGUAAAGCUCAGCAAAGCAUGCAAGUGAAGCUUGUGAAAAAGCACACUAAGGCCAAGAGUUGUCAAACAAUGUCAAUCUGCACAAGGCUGGAAUCGAUUACAAGACUUGAUGAGAAGAAUGGAGUACUUCAAGUGUCUGUAGAGAAACCACACCAGGGCACAGCUCAGUGUUUGUCAGCACCUCCCAGUCUACAGCCAUUCUUCAGGGACCAAGAGCCUGCUCCCUCAGGAAAAAACACCCCUUCAUCUCCUUCUCAGGGUGAGGUGUGCCCAAAUCUGGAGGACUUGUUUAGUCCUGUAUCUCCGGCUUCUGUUCAGACAGCAGCCUCAUCUCCCGAUGACAAAGACAUAGAUCAUGAAGAUGACUUCAUUGACAUCAUCUUGCAGAGAGGAGAAACUUCCUGUAAGCCUCCACCAGACCUCUCUCUGAACCGCCUUAAUCAAGACUCCUCUGCUUGUUCACUUCCUCCCUCACCACUCCAGAUGUUGCUGCCCCCGUCUCCCCCCAUUCCGCCUUGCUGUGGCACUCCACACCCUGACCCCUCUUUGCAGCCUGAGCUUCAAACUGUGGCUGACACCACAGGACAGAAACAACACCUUAGUCAUGCUGAAAGUGGGCGCCUUGAGGACUUCCUCGAAAGCACCACUGGAAGGCCUCUUCUCGGGGUGGAGCCCGGAGGUCUACUUAGCUUGAUUGAUGACCUUCACAACCAAAUGCUGUGCACUUCCAGCAUUCUGAACCACCCCCUUUCUCCCAUGGAUACCUCAGACACGGCGUCAUGGGAGCAAGGGUUGGACAGUAUGGACUGGUUGAAUCUUACCACAGAAAGAGAUAGAGAAGAGGAAAGUCCAUCACUGGCUCUCCAAACUCCCCCUAGUGUCUUUUCCACAGACUUCCUGGAUAGUUCUGACCUGCACAUACAUUCGGAAUUCUGCCUAUAGCCUAGAGCUACUGGAAAACUGAUAUCCUAUGUAGAUGGGUGCAGUUACUCAUUAUCCAGUCACUUACACAUAAAAACAUGCAACUGAUUGCUGAGGUUUCAGUAUUUGAUUAGGGCACUUAGUCUCUAUGUUCUCAUACAUUUGGAUAUUGGAUCUUCAAGAGCUUUGACCUUUGUUUAUUUGUUUAUAUUUUGCUGCACUGAUUUUGAUGCUCUUAUUAGGCAGGUCCUAUAUCUGUUAGUGCAUCUUUAGCAAAGGUCUUGUUGACACUUUUGUGCUUUUAACUCCAACAUAAUCCCCAAAAAUAUAAAUUACUCUUGUCUUACCAUAGACACAGUGUUCAAGUAAAGAGGUAUGAAAACUUACUUGAUAUUUGUCUAAUGACAAUGCAAUCUCCUUGCUUGUAAUUUAAAUAGUAAUCAAUAACCAAAGUUAAAGGAGAAACUUUUAAGAUCGAUACCAAUAUUGGGUGAAUUUUAAAAUGAGAUAUUCUGAUAUAUCGGCUGAUAUUUUUUCUCCUUUCAGGCACAGAAAACACAAACAGAUUUCCUCGAUAGUUGCUAUGUGUAGUUAUUUAUUUACUUGUUUGUACACUGCCCAACUCUGCUUGGACUAGUGGGACACCGAUGCAACACUGAUGUUGCAAACACAUUUACUGCCAAAAGGGAAGUUGCAAGCGCCCUUUGUUGGGCAAACUAUGCAAAUUCAAACCCACAUAACAUGGUUGAAGGGUGUUUCUCCCUUCUCUUCUUUACUUUAAAAUUUUCAGUCAUCAGCCAAUAAAUGCAGAUACCGAUAGAUCAUCAAAUAUCUAAUGCUGGCUAAUAAUAGUGGGAUUUACAAUGACUGUAGCUCCAUGUUAUGGAAAUAACUUUGGAUAUUUUGCAGGCUACAGCCAUAAAAGUGUUACUACUGUAUUUAGUGCUAGUCAAACUUACACACAUUAUGUAUGUGCUACUGCUCUGGAACUGAACUCUGGAUUUUUCAAGGAUUCAUUCCCAUGAAAAAUCAAACUGUUGAUAUUUCACAAGCAUUUUCAUGCUAAUAUGUUAUAAGUGUUGUGGUACAGGAUACAUCUAUCUCCAGAAUUAAGUACAAAAAUCAUCCAAGCACAACAUCAAAACUUAGGUACACACUUAGCUUAUGCAAAAUGUUUGGAACAAUCAUGAAUUAUUACAUCAAAAUUAACAGUGUUACAAUAAAGGGAGUUUAAAGGCUGUAUUUGGCUUAAGUCCCACAGUAUAGUGGGGAAAACAAAAACAAUGACAGUGUUGGUAUUAAAUGUUGGUUUUAAAAACCCAGACUGCACAGCACUGUUUGCGUUUGAAUUUAUAAAACUAUGCAAAAAAAAAAAGAAAAUAGAAAAUUGAUUGUGACAGGAGAGUUAUGGAAUGAAACUACUGAAAAUUGUUGAUUGUUUCAUUCACAGCCCAGCUUCUCCUAAAGAAAUAUUAUAUACAUUAUAUAGAAGAUUAACUGUAUGCCAAAGACAAAUCCCUGGUUUUGAAUGUAUGGAACGUGAAAACUGAUAUGUGAGCUGCUGGUUCUUGAAAAUAAUGAGGAAAUAAACAAUAUAAUAACAAUGCCGCAAUUUAUUUGGCACUUUUUCAAUAGAAAAUGUUGAACUGAUCAGUGUUUUUGACAAUAUAAAGUGUGAUGCCCAGUGUAUUACUGUUUUGUUUGGGUUUAUUUUAGAGUUCCAAAAUGAUAUAAAUGUAAAUACAUGAAACAUUAUUUUAAAAAAAACUCUGAUCAUUUUAUAUUUCUGUUUAAUGUGUGAAUCUGUUGGUAUGAUAUGCUCACAGUGCUUCCUGUUUAUAUACUGUUUGGUAUUUAUGGUAUAUUAGUGAUCCCCAAAAGGAUUGGACAUUGCCUGUAUUCAGCCGUCUUUAUGUUUGCUCUUGUUAUAAAUGAUCAAUGCACACGUGAUGAUGAAAGAGAAUAAGAUAUGAUAUAA